GAAAUGAUGACUCCGGAGCAAUGGGAAGUUGGUAUGCUUUCAACGCUCUUGGAUUAUUUCCAAUAGCUGGAACAGAUAUCUACUUGAUAAACUCACCACAAUUCGAAACGAUUACUAUAUAUCUUUCGAUAUCACCACCAAUAACAUUUAAUAUUAUAGCUCACAAUCUUACAUACAUCCCUAAUGACGAAUCAGAUUCUGUAUCUAACUACUCUUCCAUAAAUCAUGUCGUUAUUGAUGCUGAUUCUUUAAAUUCUGCUUCACCUUCUUCAAUUGAAACCGAUAAUUCAAGACAAAUUUACAUUAAUCCAUAUGUUCAGAGUGUAAAAUUAAAUGGUAGAAAAUGGGAAAAAACUUGGUUUAGACAUAGCGAUAUCUCAAAAGGCGCAGUAAUGGAAUUACAAAUGGGACCAAAACCAAGUAAAGUUUGGGGUGUAGUUGAUGAGGAAAUUGAAAAUAAAAAAGCUGUAGAAGAUAGAGUAGUGCCACCUAGUAUGAGUGACUACAAGACUGAUGUAGUAUCAA